AUUAUGUAACUUUACUCUUACAGGCCAAAGAGUGUGGCCAGAUGCAGAAUAAGUGGCUGAUGAUAAACAUUCAGAAUGUACAAGACUUUGCAUGCCAGUGCCUCAACCGUGACGUAUGGAGCAAUGAAGCUGUGAAGAAUAUUAUCCGAGAACAUUUCAUUUUCUGGCAGGUUUAUCAUGACAGUGAGGAAGGUCAGAGAUACAUACAGUUUUAUAAGCUAGGGGAUUUCCCCUAUGUUUCCAUCUUGGAUCCACGGACAGGUCAGAAGCUAGUAGAGUGGCACCAGUUAGACGUAUCUUCUUUCUUGGAUCAAGUAACAGGAUUUCUGGGUGAACACGGGCAACUGGAUGGACUUUCUAGCAGUCCCCCCAAAAAAUGUACCCGUUCAGAUCAGGCAUGUGACCUAAGACCUGGAUUUAGAAGUAAACAAUAUGAAUAUGUAGCAGUGAGCAGGAAGACUGACCAGCAAGCCUGGUAACAGAAAAACCCACUUCUUCAGGGGCAGCACUGCUUGGACUUUUGGAAUCCAGGUCUGAGCAGCAGCGGAAAUGGUAUUUUUGCUAGAACAACUCUCAUGGUGUAAUUGGGCAUUAUUGCUGGUUACAUACCUUUAGGACCUGGGUCUCAGGCCCACCCAAAGAUUAUUUCUAUAUUUGAUUUCUAUAAUAUGCUAUCACUAGGCAGACCUGUUUGAUAAUUGAUAGCAAGAUUAGUUGCAAGUAGGAGACCUUCAGAGAUGUGGGAAUCUCACACUGGUUGUAGCAACUGUUUGGGUUUGAUGGCCGUGAGGAUAAAAUUAGUUACAGAGGAUGUGACUUUAGCAGUCCAAUAUCGUGCAGUGAUGAAACAGUUCCUUAAGUUAUUACCUAGAAUAAAGUGCCCACUUAAGGAGAGGCUAUGGGUGCUUGCCAAGGAUUUGUAUAGAAUUCUUUUUUCCCCCCCUCCAUUACUCAGAAAUUUUACUUAAGUAGAAUUCUUUCUUAAGGCAUUAAAAAACCCAGGAAGUUUCUGUGAUUUCCCUAAGAGAGUUUUCUCAUCUUUUACAGUCAUAGGCUGAUACUGUCAAAACACAGAGCCUGAGCUUGUGAGUUGAUGAAUUACAACAUAAAUUGAGUUUAAAAUCUCACUAGAUCUCUUAUAAAAGUUAAAGGACUUAGUAGGGAAAAGAGUGGGACCAUAAAAUUGGACAGUGACAUAGGGCUGAUUUGGGUGACUAGUACCUCAGACCCCACUUCUGAACUAAAUUCUCUGAAUGUUACAAAUUUUGAUCAACUAUGUACAAAGAGACACAGCAACAAAUAAUGGCUUAAACAAGGAAGACAUCUUUUCUCAACAAGAAAUUCAGAGGCAAGCAGUCUAGGACUUGACUCAUGUGGAUGUCAUCAAGGAACCAGGUUCCUUCCCGUUUUUUCCCCCCUCCAUCCUUAGUAUUGGCUUGUGUCCUCGUGGUCACAGUACAGAUGCUACACUCCCGUAUUCCAGCAUGGACAAGGAGGGAAGGGGGUGGCAUCUCUAUUACAAAGGUAAAACAGCCACAGAUAAAGAGUUCUGCUUGUUUUAGCUGGACACAUUUUCUUGUACACAGUUGAGGUUCUUUUAAUAAGGAAGCAAAGAAGACUGGGUAUAAAAUAGGAAACUAACAGAGUCCAUCAUAAUGUCAUUCUUUAAAAUCAGCCUUCAUGAUACACAGUGUUAUUAUCUGUAGUCAGUCCAAGCCAUUGCAUGUCACGUGAGCACAUCUGUUUGCUUUCUUGUGAGUGCUAUUUAAGUUUAUUUUGAAAAAUUUCAAAAUAGCUUUGUUGAAGUAUAAUUAAUGUCUAGUAACUGAGUAUAUUUAAAAUUUGCAGUUUGACAAGUUUAGAUAUGAGCAUCUUUUCAUGUGCUUUUUUACCUUCUGUCUCUUUUGGUAAAGAGCCUAUUCAGAUCUCAGGCUCAUUUGUCUCUUACUGGGUUGUAUAUCUCUUUUUUUGUGGGGGGGUGGGGCCCGUGCUGUGCAGCAUGUGGAAUCUUAGUUCCCUGACCAGGAAUGAAACCCGUGCCCUUUGCAGUGGAAGUGCGGAGUCUUAACCACUGGACUGCCAGGGAAGGCCCCUGGGUUGUAUAUCUUUUAAUUGAGUUGUAAGGACUUAAGAUAUAAGUCCUUUGUUGGAUAUAUGGUUUGCAGAUAUUUUUUUUCAGUUUGUUGCUUGCUUAUUCAUUUCACGAUGGUGUUUUUGAAGAGCAAAUUUUAAAACGUUGAUGAAAUCCAAUUUAUCAACUUUCUUUUUUAUUUUAACGUUUUUAUUGGAGUAUAAUUGCUUUACAAUGGU